CUGCACCUCAGCCUCCACCCCUCAUGAGCCCACUCGCCAACUCCUGGACAUGGCGGCUAUUGAAAACACUCAUGCUGUCACUCCGUCUUGAUCCGGCACUAUGUCCCAGACGCCGUCGACUCUGGGGGAAAAGGAGAAUACAAAGCAACCGACUGACUACAUUCGGGCAGUUAGACAGCAUGCUGCAAGGGAGCUGCGGACGUCUCUGCAUCCUGGUGUAAAUCACAGGCAUCUCGCCAAGUUUCUGCAACAAACCGGGCGCCAGGCUCCCAAGCCGCAUUUGACACAGCAGCCGAAAUUCAGCUACGCUGUAAUACACGAUCUCACAUACAACCAUGGAGACCAUCGCCGCGUCGUUUCUUUCGACAGUGAUUCCGGCCUCGAUGGCUUCUUCAGUCAUCCAUACCCCGGAACUGGCUCUGGCCAUCUAGUGUUCUUACACGGAUACCCGUCGCCGCAGUGGUUGGGCGUUGUCGGCGCACGGUACGGGGUAGAUCCUGAAUUCUUUCAUCGCCUUCUGAAUCAAGCACCCAGCGGCGAGUUCUACGAUACACCGGCCUUGCCGUCAGCUUCAAGAAAUAUUAUCACCGUGCCAAUUACUUCCAUCGGCCAACACCUUGGCUCUUCCUUGCCGAGAUCAGAAGCACCUAACUCUCUCGUGGCGUAUUUCCGGGGCUUGGGGGUCAGAUUCAAUGUUGGGGAAUCUAUCGUGAGAGAUUUCUCUCUCCAUGAUCAGGAGCACUUCUCUAUUGUACAAAACAUUCAAAUAUGCGUGAUCCCAAGGAGAUCGAGUGGAUGGAGCGCAAUCAUUUACCUCGAUAAUGGGCGUCCCAUCGACAGCGGACCUCCGGGCCCAUGGUCAAUGCUAUCCACCUCCCUGCAUAGCGAUGUCUUCUUGCCCGUGAUUCAGUGCAAGCCUAAGCUCGGCCUCGCAAAGCAUCCUCUCUGGGCCUCCGUACCUAACACACACCUAUCCGGGCCAGCACAGAACUCGCGUUUCACGCAGAGCCAAUCACUCCUCCCACAUGAAUCAUAUGGACGGUUUCUUUCCGACCGGUUGAUGAAUUCCGAUGCUUUCUAUGCAUUAAGCGAGAUUUUCUCGUUUGCCGCGUCUGCAGAAAACCAGCUCUUCAAUCUUCUCAACUCCAAGCUAGUAUUCGGCAGCAAAUACACUGGGAGUAUGCUGUCCUCUUUAACGGGCUUAACUUACCACAAAAAUAUCCUUGAAGCACAUAUUGAGCAACUCCAAGAAAUGGUCGCCAUCAUUGAGCGUCGUGGGGACUCGAAAUGGCCAACGAUUUUGGCCCCAACGCCCCGCCCAACAGAUGGGAAUGUCCAGCCUCACCCAGACCCGUUAGCUUACCAGGAGAUCCAAAGUACCGCGGCUCGUCUGCUGGAUGAUUAUAAAUACCUGCUUCGCCGGGGCCAAGCUAUCUCUCGUAGAUAUCAAGAGGCUAUCGACCACCUCCGCAAUAACGCUAUGCUUGAAGAAUCGAAGAAGGGCAUCGAGCAGGCCCAAGGAGUGGGCCGCCUCACUCUGCUCGCUUUUCUCUUCCUCCCGCUCGGAUUCACAACCUCGUUCUUCAGCAUGAGUUUCAGAGAACUGGACACUGGCUUAAGUAUUUGGAUCUGGUUUGCCGUCUCAGUUCCUGCUUUCUUUCUGACCCUUCUCUUGUGUUACUGGAGCGAAGUUUGGGGUACCAUUUGUCGACUUCAGAAGGGCCCCCGUGAUUCUAGUACUAGUUGGAAGAAAUCUACCGUAUAAUACUAUUUCCAAUUAUGCACUACCC